ACCCUCACCACCACACCCCUCUUCACCACCACACCCUCUUCACCACCACCACACCCUCUUCACCACCACCACAAUCAUCCAGAACAAACAGAACUUCAUCACUCCUGGACUGAGCAGAACUAACGCUACUGCUUCUUAGAAAUUCUUUACAAUGUCGGAGCAAGUUGUGAGGGAGAUCUUCAACAAACUGGACAAGACUUCGACCUUGGCGGUGAAGCGACACGUGAAGGUGGUAGAGACCUUUUUGUCGAAACUCCAGGCGAUGGUGGCCAGAUCUAAGGGCCAACUAAGGGGUUCUCGCCUCCUGUUCUCCGGCGCCCACCAUGAGAGCUUAGCAGUCGCCACCUUCAGCGACUUCGAGGUGGAACUGAUGCUUGGACUACCUUACUCGUCUGACAAUUUCACCAUAUAUUUCGACACUAAUAGCGAGUUGUACGCGUUGGGCUGGAGGAAACACAAGAAAAUAGACUUUGCCGACAAGGAGGACUUCCUCAAGACUCAGAGACUACAAAACAAGAUCUUCUCCGAGCUACGUGCUCUGGUGGACACCCUGGUAAUACCCGGAGCCAAGAUACAGGCCAAAGAGACACCCAACGACCUCAGUGUCACCAUCACCAUCAAGAACGAAGCCACACGGGUCCACCUCACUCCUCUGAUUGCAGGAAGGUCUUGGGAGGACUGCUCGAGGCUAACUUCACUGCAGGAGUUACCAGAGACAGUGAGACAGAGCGUGGAGGACCUCCGUAACAGUUCCGGCCCCCUCAUGUUCUUCUCCCUGGCCGUCCCUCAGCGGAAGACGUGGGAUGAUGGACACAGGCUCACCGAUGUGUCCUUCACCUUCCUGGAAAAUGACAUCAUCAGGAACAACGCUGAGUUACGGGACAUGGUAAGAUUGCUGAAGCUGGUGGCUGACCGCAGCAGCUGGCACACCAAGUACAGCCUCCAGCCCUCCCACCUGCACCGUCUUACCAUCAAGUAUGCCGACCAACUCAAGGAAAAGACCACCUGGGAAGGCUACAGCACACUUCUCACAUUCCUCUACAGUGAACUCGGCGACUGGAAGCUAGACAGCCUAUUCGUCAAGGGGCGUCUAACCAUCUCCACCACCUGCCCACUGAGACCCAUGGACUUUCAGGACGAGCUUGCUGUGGUGAUGGACUACAGACCUUGCAAAGUCAGAAGCCUCGUUUAGGAUUUUUUUUAUAUUGUACUACGUCUGAAGAUUUUCAUGAUGGCAGAAAAUCCAUCUGUGAGUAAUAUAAGGAAAUAUACUGCACUAUAUAAGGGUUGUGAUAGCCUUCAGACGAAGAGAUUUCAACAGUAUCUUACAGAGGAUUUUAAGGAAACAUAAAGUAGUUUGUAUAACGUCGAUAAUCGGUGUGUGUCUUAAUCUGAUCCAUGUGAUUAAGAAAUUUUUGUGUUGGGGUAAAACUCGCGUCAAGACUGAAGCUUCGUCACGGCAAAUUUCAAAGAGUUCACCCUGUUGUAUAUCGAGGAUGAUGGAAAAGGCUUAGGUGAGAUGACUGGUGAUCCUGAUGUGAAACUGUGAAGGUGGAACCAGGAAUUUAGUAUCCACAAUGAUAGAUAAUAAAUGUGGGAUGUUCACUGUGUUAGGAAUUUACGAUCUUUCUCUACUAGUUUGCAUAAUGAGGGAGUGACAGCAUUGGCGUGACGGGCUGUAGUCUUUGUGAAUUGUUCAGAUAAUGGAAUUACACGUGAUAAAACGGUACACGUAAGGCUACUGAACCCCGAAAUGUUGUGUUGGACAGAAAGCUUUGAUACUGUAUGAAGACGGUAUUUAUCCAGACGAGUCGUAGUAAUAGAUAAGCUUGAUCUGAAAAAAACAAUAAAAUGAGAGAGGUUAUUCUGUGCAUUACAUGAUUCUUACAUUACUGAAAAGACGAUCUGGGGAAGAAUUAAGUUUAUUUUCUGGUUAGAGUCUUUUGUUUUUCUACUUUAGGUGUCAUAUAUAUUACAAUAAACAUAUAUACUACACAAAACUGAGACAUGGACAAAACUAAAUGCUAAAAAAAAAAUAAACAAUAAUAAAAACAAAAAAAUGAGUAUAUUUUGUUAUAUUAGUUUUAAUUUCAACUUAACAAUAAUUUCUGGAUCGUGUAAGGCAAUUUAUUUAGAUAAUUCAUUGUUUCUUGUAAUUGUGUUAUUCAUUUAUACACUGAAUGGUUAUUGAGACUAAAAGAUAAAAUUCCCAUUACAUUAAGAGACAAUAUUAAUGAUUUUUAGGUGAUUAUGUGAUUGGUGACUUAACUUGUGAUUUAUUUACUAAUUGGUGAUGCUCUUUUGUUUACAGUUGGUGAUUUGUUUGUUUACAGUCGGUGAAUUUUGUGUUUACAGCUGGGCAUUUUGUUUAUAGCUGGUGGUCGUUUACAUUAUAACACCACCAAAACAAUCAUAACACCACACGUAGACAAACCUGGGGUAAACAGGUGAUCAAACCCUAAUCAACCAUUACCUACGUGACUCAAGAAAAGUAUUAAAUAUUGUCAAUAAUGUCCAGGGAAUUCUGUUCUAAACUGCACAUGUGGAAAAUGGUGAUAUUAAUUUUUUUUUUUGUGUGUGUGUGUGGGAUGAUCUAAAAUAACCAGACAAAGGACAGUGUUGUACCUGAUUUGUAGAUAUAUAAAACUGUAUACAGUAUAUAUAUAAUCUUAGAAUAAUUUUGAAAA